AUGACUGAAAUAUUUUUAAAUAGUUUCACUGAUAAGGAAAAUAAAAAAAAGAAACAAAUUUUCAUCGCUCAAGAACAUCAACCUCAACAAUUAUCAUCUGAAAAUCCUCAACCACUUCAACAUAAAGAUGUUCAUGAAGAAUUAGUAUUAGAAAAUGAAUGGUCAUUUUGGGAAGAUCAUUACACAAAUAAUAAUAAUUCAGUUGCCUCAAUUGAUGAAUAUUUAAAUGCAUUAACUCAAUUAAAUUCAUUUUCAACAAUUCAAGCUUUUUGGAAUUGUUUCAAUAUAAUCCCAAGUUUAUCCAAAUUACCAAAUAAUUCAUGCUUUCAUCUAUUUAAAAAAGGAACACGUCCAAUUUGGGAAGAGAAUCAAGAUGGUGGUGAAUUUGUAAUGAAGGUUAAAAAACACCAAACAGAUGAAGUUUGGAAUGAAUUGGUUUUAUCCGUUAUUGGUGAACAAUUUAGUUCAUAUUUACAAGAUAAUGAUGAUAUUUGUGGAAUUUCAAUUAGAAAGAAACAAGGAAUGGAUUUCAACAUGAUUCAUAUUUGGAAUAAAAAUGUUAAAGGUAAAGAACACAUUCCAAGAGCAAUUAAACAUUUAUUCCCAAUUCUAUUAGAUGAAUGUAUCCAUAGUUAUUAUAAAGAACAUGGUGGUGUUAAAAAUCAACAACAACAACAACUACAACAAUCACCACAACAACUUCAACAACUACAACAACAACAACAACAACAAUUACAAUCAAAUACUGGUGGUAGUCGUUUAACACAAUUAAGAAAUAUGAAUAAAUCAACAUCAGUUUUAAAACCAACUGCCAAUGCAUUUGUCCCUCGUAAGAGUGUUCGUUUCAAUUUAUCAAAAUCAAAAUCUGAAUCAACAAUUGCAAGUCCAAAACAAAGUAAAAAAGUUGAAAAAUCAGCAAUGAAACAUCAUCCACAAUUUCCAUCUCAUACCUUGGGUGUAGUUGAACAAUCACCAAUGCAAAUUGAUGUUAAACCUAUUCUUUCAAAACGUACUGCAAAUAUUCCUCUUUCAUUUGAUACAAUUAAAGAUUUAAAACCAAAAGAAUUAAAUUAUCAAAAAUUAAGUAAAGAAGAUCAAAACAUUGUUGAUGAAUUAGAUAGUCAAAUGGAAAAAGAAGAAGAACAAGAAAUUCAAAAACAAUUAGAAAAAGAAAUUGAAACCGAAAUUAAAAAGAGAAGACAAGAAGAAAGUGAACAAGAAGAAGAAGAAGAACAAGAAGAAGAACAAGAAGAAGAACAAGAAGAAGAACAGGAAGAAGAACAGGAAGAAGAACAAGAAGAACAAGAAGAUAAUGAUGAAGAAUUUGGUGAACAACAAAUUGAAAAAGAAAAUGAACAAGGUAUUAUCGAUCAAUUAGAACAAGAAAUUGAAAGAAUUGAAGAACAAAAAUUACAAAAACAAUUGGAAAAAGAAAUUGAAAAUGAAAUUUUAAAAAGAAGAAUUCUUGAUGAAAGUGAACAAGAAGAUCAAGAAUUUGAUGGUGAUGAUAAUGAUGUAAUGGUUCCUCAAUUAUUAAAUAAUAAUAUAAUGAAUGAUGAAGUUGUACCAGAGGAAGAGGAAGAAGAAGAACCAGAAGAAGAAGAAGAAGAAGAAGAAGAAAAUGAAGAACCAGAAGAAGAACCAAAGGAAGAAGAAGAAGAGGAAUUAAAACCAAAGAUUUCAUUCUCAUUUGAUCCAGUUGAAGAAAAUGAUAAAUUAAAUCAUUUGAAUGAAUUCGAUCUAUCAGAUCAAGUUGAAAAGGAAUUAAAACAAGAGAAUGAAUUAAAAGAAGCAAAAUCAUUAAUUGAUGAUGAUUUAGUUCAAGAUGAGAAUGAAAUUGAAGAGAAAUUGGAAAAUGAAAAAGAAUUAAACAAUAAUCAAGAAAAGAAAUUCAAUAAACAAGAAUUUGAAGAGGAAAUGGAUAAAGAAAUAGAUGAAAUCAUUGAUGAAUUAUCCGAUAGUGAAGUGGAAGAAGAACUCAAUGAACAAAUCGAUGAUUGGGAGAAUCAAUUGGGUGUUGAUGAUCCAAAUCAUGAGAUUCGUGAUGGUUUCAAAAAAGAAUUUAAUGAUGAAUUAAAAGAAUAUCUCAGAGAAGAUAUUAAAGAAUCUGUUAAAGAUGAAGUUCAUAGACUUGCAAAUGCUCAUGAAGAAAAUCCAACAAUUUCAACUCCACCAUUCACUAGUAAAUUCAAUAAUACUACUACAAGUAGUAAUAAUAAUAAUAACAGCAGUAAUAACAACAAUAAUAAUAAUAAUAACAACAAUAACAACUCUGCCACCACUGCCUCUUCAACUGCUUCUAGUGCUCCAAAUGAACCAAUUGAACAACAUCGUGUUAACUCAAGUAAUUCAACCACAACUACAUCAACAACUGACUCUAGUGGUAAUCCAUUAUUAGAUACAUUAUCUGAUAUUCCAACCAUUGAAGAAAGUUGGGAUUAG